GGCACCGGAAGUGGCAGGCCGGGAUCAGCCUUUAAGAUGGCGUCUCCUCAGGGGGGCCAGAUUGCGAUCGCGAUGAGGCUUCGGAACCAGCUCCAGUCAGUGUACAAGAUGGACCCGCUACGGAACGAGGAGGAGGUACGAGUAAAGAUCAAAGACCUGAAUGAGCACAUCGUCUGCUGUCUGUGUGCCGGCUACUUCGUGGAUGCCACCACCAUCACAGAGUGUCUUCAUACUUUCUGCAAGAGUUGUAUUGUGAAGUACCUCCAAACCAGCAAGUACUGCCCCAUGUGCAACAUCAAGAUCCACGAGACACAGCCACUGCUCAACCUCAAACUGGACCGGGUCAUGCAGGACAUUGUGUACAAGCUAGUGCCUGGCUUGCAAGACAGUGAAGAGAAACGAAUUCGAGAAUUCUACCAGUCCCGAGGACUGGACCGUGUCACCCAGCCCAGUGGGGAAGAGCCAGCCCUGAGCAACCUUGGCCUCCCCUUUAGCAGCUUUGACCACUCCAAAGCCCACUACUAUCGCUAUGAUGAGCAGCUGAGCCUGUGUCUGGAGCGGCUGAGUUCUGGCAAAGACAAGAAUAAAAGCGUCCUGCAGAACAAAUAUGUCCGAUGUUCUGUUAGAGCUGAGGUUCGCCAUCUCCGAAGGGUCCUGUGUCACCGCUUGAUGCUAAAUCCCCAGCAUGUGCAGCUCCUUUUUGACAAUGAAGUGCUCCCUGAUCACAUGACCAUGAAGCAGCUAUGGCUCUCCCGCUGGUUCGGCAAGCCAUCCCCUUUGCUUUUACAAUACAGUGUGAAAGAGAAGAGGAGGUAGGGGCCAAGCCCCCACCCCAUCCCUCUCCCCUUCCUUCCUCAGAUAUUUAUGUGAAAUUAACUGCGGCUUUAUUUUUUGAAAUAAAAACUUUAAAAAAGCA